UUACAUUGUUAAGAAACUACUCAGAUAUUCUCUCCUUACCGCAGUAGAACAUUUUUUAAUGGAGUGAUUUCUGACAUUAUUUUCCUAAAAGCACAGAAAGAUCCCAGCACUCUUGGGGUUCUAUUUUGUAAGGAUAACUUUCUUUUGAAACAGCUUCUCUCCUAGAAUGACAGCAACAAGGGCUCCAGGUGCGAUGAAAGAAGGAAGGACUGCUCUCAGCCACACACUUACGGGGCAGGAAAAUACGCCACAGCUGAGAAUGGGUUGUGUAUGGUGGGGAUGAGAGGAAAGUCACUGAAUGAGAUGAAUAAAAACCUAGAAAAGUAAAGAAAGGAAGGAUUGGCAUAGAGAUCUUUCUGGAGCAGAGAUUAGAAGUAGCUCUAGGUUGAUUUUGAGUCCCUGGGUGGGAGUUUAAGAGGCUUCUAUUGUGACCCAAAGGAAAAAGAAUCUGGGGUCAGGCCACACUGGUGCAGUGACAGAAUAAAGACCCGGUUGCCAGGGUCAGGGAAUAAACAUCAGAAGCCUGAAGGAGGAGAGAUGGAGCCCUAGCUCCCGGUCCCCUUUCCCACCCUCCUUCCCCCUAGGUUAUCUGAGAUGUUACCUUCCACAUAAACAUCAUCUUCCUGGUUUCAGACCUUAACUCUGGUCUCUGAUGUCUGCUUAGUUUCACAUUCUCUACCCAUUUGCACAGAGGACCACUACCUUCCCUUCCUGGAAUCUCUAAGUUUCUGCUUUGCUUGUGCCCUGGUCACCAGUCCUACCAAGCCAGCUGAGAUGGAAGGGCCCACCCCCUCCAAAACGCUUAAGCCUCCUGAUGUCAAUGAAGAGUCUUUGGACCCUAGGAUUAUCAUUGCCUUAUUUAAAACUGGAUCCCUUCCCCCUGCCUCCUGUGAUUCUCCUCCUUCCCUAAAAACUAGUGACCAUGAAGCAACUGAACAACGGAUUGCAAAGAAGUUUGAAAAUCUCUUAAAAGAACUUAAAGAUAUUGUUAAAAAUAUGACAAGUUAUGAAGAGAAGACCACAGAAACAAAAGAAUCUUUUGAGGAAAACAACAUCUCUGAGGAUGUGUCAGAACUUAAAGAAAAAAUCAGAGGACUUGAUAAAAUGAAUGAAGUACUCUUGAAAAAACUGGUUGGUAGUUUGGACCUAGAAAAAGAACAGAAUACAAAGAAACAGGAGAUGAUGUUGGAAAACCAGAACUCCAACGACACAAUACAAGGUUUUGCAAGGGAUUUGGUAAAUUGUUCAGAAGUAAAAACAGCCCUUCAUGAAACUCAGCUAAGUAAGGAAAAAGCAAAUAAUGGAUUCCCUCACGUUCAAGAAGAAAAUACCACACUGAGGAACAACAUGGAGCAGUUACUACAGGAAGCAGAACACUGGAGUGUGCAACAGACUGAGCUUAAUGAACUAAUAAAAUCCUAUCAGAAGUCUCAGAAAGACAUGAAAACUCGUGAACAUAAUGGAGCCCAUUCCCAAACUCAACCAAAUAACGAGAUGUCAGCUAAGCAUGAGCUGGAAGAACAAGUGAGGGAACUGAAACAAGACACAUAUUCAAUGCAGUUGAUUGCAGCUUUGCUGGAGAAUGAAUGCCAAAUCUUGGAGCAGAGAGUAGAGCUUCUCAAGGAACUCCAUAAUCAGAAAGAGAGACCUCUACAGGAGAAGCCAAUCCAGACAAACCACAAGCCGAAAAAAAAAGAACAGAAGUUAUCAGAGGCAGAGAAGGUCGGAAUACAACAGCAAAACAUGCAAGAAAUGGAAGGUACAUAUCAAGAAGGAGAUCAAUUCUAUAGAAGCCUGGAUGCUUGUCAUAAAAAGAAAGCUCGUAAUAACCAGUUCAAUAUUCAUGUUGCAAGAAGAGCUCUUAUAGGAAAAAAGAGGCCAGCCAACAGCCUAAGUUAGAAAAUACCAAAAGUAGAAGAAAAGGCAAUUCUUCAAAAAUAAAAAAUAAAAUAAAACAAAACUAUAGUACAUCC